AUGGGAUUAAUUGGAGAUUCUCUAAUAGUAGUGUUUUCACAGAUUUUGUUUUUCACCUUCGCAUGGAUAUUUUUCCUGCGAAAGAUUUUUAAAGACAACGAGGUACAUCAAAAGACCAUCAUUUUCGUUUUCUCAAUCACAUUUGCCCUAUCAUGCACAAUGUUUGAACUUGUUACUUUCGAAAUUCUUGAUGUCUUGGAUUCCUAUUCACGGAGAUUUUACUGGCAAAUUAUUCUGUUCAUAACGCUUGCCGAUGUUAUUGUGGUUUUGCCGUAUCUAAUUUCUUAUUAUAUAACGGCCAAUUUUAGUUAUCUUCCAAAUAAUUCAAAAAUCCGCUUUCUCAGCUCAUUUGUGCUUUUUCUUUUAUACCUAUAUUUCUUCUGGAAAAUCGGAGUGUCUUUUCCAAUCUCUAGUCCACGUCACUCGUUUUUUUCCUUUGAGCCAUGCAUUGGUAGGGUUGGCGUUAUAGGAGUUACUAUUAUGGCCCUUCUUUCGGGUUUUGGAGCUGUUAAUUAUCCCUAUACUAGUAUGAGUCUCUUCAUCCAUCCUGUAUCUCAAGUUGAUAUUGAUGCAAGUGAGAAACGCUUAAUGCAAACCAUCAACAUGAUCCUAGCAAAGAAACGUCGCCUAUGUCUUGCUGAACUGGAAAAUAAGGUAAGUUGUAACAUCGUCUUAGCUGAUCACAUUAGUUGUCUAGAGGAAGUAAGUCGUCAACUUUUCCUGGAACUACAUCAACUUCGAUGUGCCAAACAGCGCAUUGAAUAUUCAAAUACCUUCCAGGGGAAAUACUUUAACGUUCUCGGUUAUUUUUUCUGCGGAUAUUGUAUCUGGAAAAUCCUCAUCAGUAUUAUCAAUAUCCUCUUUAAUCGUGUCGGUCUCCAGGAUCCCAUAACCCGUGGAAUCGAUAUAGCUGUACAUUAUUUCGGUUUCAGUGUGGAUGUUCCAUUCUGGUCGCAGCAGAUAUCUUUCUGGCUUGUUGGCGUAAUUGUUGUGACUUCAAUUCGCGGUCUCUUGUUAACUCUGACCAAAUUUUUUUACGCAAUUGCAAGUACCAAAUCUUCAAACGUCAUUGUUCUUUUUCUUGCCCAAGUUAUGGGAACAUAUUUCAUUUCUUCUGUUGUUCUCUUACGGAUGAAUAUGACAGCGGAAUAUCGGACAAUACUCACUCAAAUCCUGGGCGAUUUGCAAUUCCAAUUCUAUCAUCGAUGGUUUGAUGUAAUUUUUCUAGUAAGCACGGUAUGCAGCAUUUUCUUCCUCUAUAUUGCCCACAAGCAAGCCGCUGAGACUACCUCCGCCCAGUGUUGGAGAUAA